AUGUAAAUUUUCGUCAAAACAUUAACAGGUAAAACAAUCACUUUAGAUGUUGAGGCAUCCGAUUCAAUUGAAAAUGUUAAAGCCAAAAUUUAAGACAAAGAAGGAAUUCCUCCAGAUUAAUAAAGACUUAUAUUUGCCGGAAAAUAAUUGGAAGAUGGCAGAACUCUUUCAGAUUACAAUAUUUAAAAAGAAUCCACUCUCCAUUUAGUUUUGAGAUUAAGAGGAGGUGCUAUGGAGCCUACCAUUGCUGCCUUGGCAAAGAAAUAUAACUGCGAAAAAAAAGUUUGCAGAGAUUGCUAUGCCAGAUUACCUCCUAAAGCUACUAAUUGUAGAAAAAGAAAAUGCGGACACUCUAAUUAACUUAGAAUGAAAAAAAAACCAAAAGAGUGA